CUUUACGAAGGAAAUAACAGCAAAGAUGGCGGGCACGUCGGCAACCUCUGGCAAGCAAACGGCCACCAAGGCCAAGAAGGCCGCCCUCAAGGGCGUGAACGGCCACAAGGUCCGCAAGGUGCGGACCUCGGUCUCCUUCCACCGCCCCAAGACUCUGCGCCUGGCUCGGUCGCCCAAGUACCCGCGCAAGUCGAUCCCGCAUGCGCCGCGCAUGGAUGCUUUCCAGACUCUGCUCUACCCACUCAACACCGAGAGCGCGAUGAAGAAGAUCGAGGAGAUUAACACCCUUGUCUUCAUCGUCGAUCGCCGGGCGAACAAGAGGCAGAUCAAGGAGGCGCUGAAGAAGGUCUACGACGUUGACGCAGAGAAGAUCAACACUCUCAUCAGGCCGGAUGGCAAGAAGAAGGCGUUCAUCAGGCUCCACAAGGACCAGGACGCGCUCGAUGUGUCGAACCGUAUCGGCUUCAUUUAAAUGUGUCGCCACGACCUGAUGUCGUUGCGCUUCUAAAGCCAAAGACGAGGGCAACACCUUUCCUCCUGAUCUGGAGGUUUGUCGUGCACCGCGGCACACCUUCAGUCGCUCGACUGUGCUUGUCUGUUUGUGACGGACGCUCGCACGCCAUGCACAAUCGAGCACAUUUGUAUGACUACUCUGCAUGAAGAAUCGAUAUGGUGCAAGCUUGGAAACUCAUCCUUCCGCCGUGCUUUACGUGAACAUCUU